UGGUUAAGUUGUGAUAUAGAAAAAUCAACGAGUUUGAAAGAUAAGGUUGUAAACAACACAUGAAUAGUAGUACCUGCAUACAAAAAGGGAGAUUUACAUAUUUGGUUGUUUUGUCCAACUUUGCGUCCGGGAUGUUAACCAGAAGCUCGAAGUCGGAGGCUUUUAACUCGAUGAAAGAGUUCCUGAAGCAGACAGGAGGCUAUGCGAUUAUAGACGGCGGGCUAGCAACGGAGUUCGAGAAACAUGGAGCGGAUCUCAACGAUCCUCUCUGGAGCUCCAAAUGCUUACUCACUUCUCCUCACAUCAUCCACACUGUGUGUCUCGAUUACCUUGAAGCUGGUGCUGAUAUUAUCGCCAGUGCUUCUUAUCAGGCCACGAUUCAGGGGUUUGAAACAAAAGGCUUUUCAAGAGAGAAGAGCGAAUAUUUGCUUAGAAAGAGCGUUGAAAUAGCAUGUGAAGCUCGGAGCACGUACUAUGACAAAUGCAAAGCUACCUCCUCCUCCAGCGACAUUGUGGAUGAUAAGAUUCUUAAAACGCGGCCUAUACUAGUUGCAGCAUCAGUUGGUAGCUAUGGUGCUUACUUGGCUGAUGGCUCAGAAUACAGUGGAAUCUAUGGUGAUUUGAUCACGCUGGAAACACUCAAAGAUUUCCACCGGAGAAAAUUGCAAGUUCUGGGAGAGUCUGGUGCUGAUAUAAUAGCAUUUGAGACCAUUCCAAGCAAGCUAGAGGCUCAGGCAUUUGCUGAGCUGUUAGAUGAAGGGGACGUGAAGAUUUCGGGGUGGUUUUCGUUUAACUCCAAUGAUGGGGUGAACGUGGUUAGCGGAGAUUCCAUCAAGGAGUGUGUCGCCAUAGCUGAAGCCUGUGAGACAGUAGUGGCGGUUGGGAUCAACUGUACCUCUCCAAGAUUCAUAGAGGGCCUAGUCUUGGAGAUAGCAAAGGUGACGAGCAAGCCUAUACUAGCGUAUCCAAACAGCGGAGAACGCUAUGAUGCUGACCGGAAGGAGUGGGUUGAAAACGCAGGAGUUGGGGAUGAAGACUUUGUGUCGUACGUAGAGAAAUGGAUGGAUGCAGGAGUGUCAUUGCUGGGAGGCUGCUGCCGCACAACACCAGCCACCAUCAGAGCCAUUCACAAGCGACUUGUCACCCGCAGAUCUCUCUUCUCUUCUUCUUAGCUUUUCCAACCUCCACCUUCACUCUCACUCUCUCUGAACCUUUUCUUUUUUUUUUGUGCAAUAGAUUUGUUGUACGAAACAUACGAAUGAGUUUGUUUUCCCUUUCUUUGCCAAAAACAAAAAAAAAACAAGCUUUUCUUUGAAACGUGAUCAAAA